AGGAGACGUUCGCAGACUUUUGUUCGGCAUCAAGAGGAAAAUUCAGAAAGGCGGCAGUUUUUCUGUAUUAAACCGAGCAGUUUGGGAUAAGAGGACGUUGUCAUUAUGGCGGACCGGAUCUGCAACGGGACGCUCAGCAAUAAGGCGCUGCUGUCGGACCCGCAGCUGUUCGAAGCCCAGUUCGAGGAGCUGCUGACGGAGCUGACGGAGAGAGACCUGGCGGACCCGGCGGUGGCGGACGCCCUGGGCAGGCUCCGACAGGUUUUGGAGUACAAUGCACCCGGAGGCAAGAGGAACCGAGGCCUGUCUGUGAUUGGCUCACUGCGGGAGCUUCUUCCACCUGCUGAGCUGACUCAGGACGUGGUGCAGAGGGCUCUGGUGAUCGGCUGGUGCACCGAGCUGCUUCAGGCGUUUUUCCUGGUGGCGGACGACAUCAUGGACGCGUCGGUGACUCGCCGAGGGCGGCCCUGCUGGUACAAGACGGAUGGAAUCGGUCUGGACGCCAUCAACGACGCCUUCCUUCUGGAGUCGACCAUCUACAGACUCCUGCGUCGGCACUGCAGGGAUCAGAAGUACUACGUCCACCUGCUGGAGCUGUUCAAUGAGACGGCGUACCAGACAGAACUUGGCCAGACUCUGGACCUGAUAACGGCGCCGCCUGGUCGGGUCGACCUCAACAGAUUCACCAUGGAGAGGUACAAAGCGAUUGUCAAAUACAAGACGGCGUUCUAUUCGUUUUACCUCCCGGUGGCGGCCGCCAUGUACAUGGCCGGAAUCAGCAGCGACGAGGAGCACAACAACGCCAAACACAUCCUGCUGGAGAUGGGCGAGUUCUUCCAGAUACAGGACGACUACCUGGACUGCUACGGCGACCCCGCCGUGACGGGAAAGAUCGGGACCGACAUCCAGGACAACAAGUGCAGCUGGCUGGUGGUGACGGCGCUGGAGGUCAUGACUCCGGAGCAGAGGGCAGAGCUGGAGGUUUGUUACGGGCGUAAAGACGAGGCCAGCGUGGGAAAGGUCAAGGCGCUGUACGACGCCCUGCAGAUGCCGACGCUGUACCAGAACUACGAGGAGGAGAGCUACCGGCGGCUCCAGAAGCUCAUCGCCCAUCACGCCCAGAACCUGCCUCACGCCGUCUUCCUCAGCUUCGCCAAGAAAAUCUACAAGAGGAACAAGUGAGAGGCUCCACGGACUUCAUCGCAACGCACAAACCGAGUUCUCUCACUGGCUCCAAUAAGACAGAACUUUUUUGUGGAUGUCUGCUUGCGAGUGCCGUCAGACGGGGCUCCUGUCUCGUUCCGUGUUCGCUGGUUAUCGUCUCAGGUCGCAGGAAUCCAGCAGGUUCUAAGACGGCAGACUUCUGAUUUAGAAUUUAUUUUCUGAUUGGCCGCCGACGGCAUGGAGUAGUGAGAGCGCCAAAUUAC